AAAACUGGUCAAGAAAUUAAGGAAGCAGCUUUUGAACCAUCAAUGGAGAAAGCCUUUGAAAUUGAUAAGAUAGAAAGAUAGGUUGUUGCCGGAGGAGCUGUUGCCGGUCUUGGAACCUUUUGUUAUUAUGGAUUGGGGAUGUACAAUGAGAUCGGAGACAUUGAAAAAGCUAUUCUUUCGCCGCAGUAUGUGAAUGACAGAAUCCGUUCCACCUAUGUGUGUUUUUCAGGAAGUGUAGGUUUGACAGCAUUGUCUGCUGUACUAGUUAGAUCUCUUGCCCUCAUGGGUCUAAUGAUGAGGGGCUCCUGGCCGGCAAUUGGUGCAACUUUUUCAGCAAUGAUUGGUGCUAGAACAUUGGGUAGAUCAAUAGAUUAUGAACAUAGCCCUGUCCCUAAACACAUGGCUGGGAUGCUGCAUGCAGGUCUUAUGGGUGCUGUUGUGGCUCCUCCCUUUCUGGGUGGCCCCUUGCUCAUUUGAGCUGCUUGGUAUACAGCCAGAAUUGUUGGUGGUCUCUCAACUAUGGCAAUGUGCACACCUAGUGAGAAGUUUCUGAACAUGGGAGCGCCUGUAGACUUUGGCCUCAUGAUGGUUUCUUCGCUUGGUUUGAUGUUCUUUCCUCUUGGUGGUGGCCUCUGUUCCAUCACUGUUUAUGGUGGAUUGGUACUUUUCAGUCUGUUCCUGCUUUGUGAUGCUCAGAAAGUUAUAAAACAUGCAGAGACUCAACCAUUGUAUGGCGUAGGGCUGUAA